AUGAAUAAAGCGCUGAAGAAAGAGGUGAGUGUUUAAGAUAAUUUAAAAAACGCAAAAAAUCGAUUUAUUUUCAGAAAAACAAUUCAAAAAAUGGGUUCGCCACCCGAAUUGUCAAAGGCGAAACGCGUCCGUCGGAAAUAAUUACACUUUUUUAUAAUCCAAAAUUGUCAGAUGAGGAGAAAAUCGAAAUAGGAAUUCGAAAGGGAUAUGUUAUACCAAAGGAUUUUGUUCAGAUUGUUAGAAACAUGUAUUUGAACGAUAAAUUGAAAGGCAACAAAAUGUAUUCGAUAUCUCCAGGAUUUGAUGAUCCAUUAAUGCGGCCAUUGAAAACUCAUCCGCAGUACGAACAUAAUCCAAUUUACAAGAGAGAAUAUCGUAUGUUUAUCAAAUAUUUUUUUCCCUCAAAUCAAGAUGAUUUUUCAGCUCGUCGAAUUCAAAAACCCGAUCCAACUAAGAUGAUUUGUUUUAUGCCUGCUUCAUAUGUUGAAGCAAUGAAAAGCACCGAAAUGGAAAGAGUUACAAUUCGUCAAAAAUAUCAAGAAACAUUCUUUCCAAGAUAUUUAAAACUCAGAAAACAAAAACAACUAAUGAGAAAAAAGAUGAAAAUCCCACGUUUCAAAGAAAAUAAUGCAUCAACCAGCCACCAAUCUUCAUCAAAUUCAAAUGAUCAAACUAAUUCGACGAAAAAAGAAAUGACUUUGAAUUUUGAAUUCGAUUCUGAUGUUCGAGUUAAUUGUGUGGAUAUGAAAAUUGGUAUGAAUAAUAAUCAGCAAAUCGUCAAAUAUUCAAGCAAAAAUGAUUUUCCGGAACCUGUUGAACAAAAAAUAACACCAGUCGUUGAUGUCGUUUUGCCUGUAGUUGCAUUGAAAACUGAUCAAGAAAAAGCUGAAUAUAAACGUGAAAUGAUAAAGAAAUAUACACCAAUGCUUUCGGAGCAGAAUUUGAAAGGAAUUAGAGCAGCUCUUGGUGGUCCCUCACUUUUCAAACAGUUGAGAAAAAAUUUAGAUGGUGAGUUGUUGCAAAAAGUUUUUUUCUGAAAUCUAGUUAUUACGUGGAUAAGCCUUGAGAACCUCAUUCUCUAGAACGCAAACCUAGAUAACCACUAUCUCAAGGAUCCGCGCCUUCAGAACCACUGUGACAAGGUGCCGCUUCUUGAGAAUGCUUUUAUAUCUAGUAGUAAAUCCUAGAAAGCCUCACACCUCGGCCAAAAUUUUUCAAAAUUGUACUCUGGCCAGCCACGAAUUGGCCGAGGUGUGGAAAGUCUAGUCCUUCUUUUUGAAAAACUUUUUUAUCCGAAUCUAUAUUCAUUUCCUAUAAUUGUUUCUUCUUAUUCAGAAAUUAUUUUGAUUGUGUUUGUCUAAUUUUUGUUCAAAAAAUGUCCAUUUCAUUUCUCACCUGACUACAAAAAAGUCAUCAAAUAUUCAUUUGAAUGAGCAAUAUAUUAGUUAAUUAGAAGUAUAUUAGUUUUUCUCGUAACAACCAGGUUAUAUUGUGUUGUUGUCAACGAGAUUUAUACUAUGUAUAAUAUUUAUAUCAUCGUCUUUUUUUCUCAUUUUAAUUAUUAGCUAAACUAAACAAGUGCAUCUGAGUAUUCAUUUUCUUUAUUUAGUGCUCAAAGAUGGAAUUUUGUUAUGAGGAUCUUUCUAAAUAUUACUAUUUUCUAGAAAUCGGUAAGCCCAAAUAUCGCAAUUCUUUCACAGUUGUUUAUAUGUGAAAACGAUAUGAUUCAUGUUUGCCCUUUUUCUGAGAGAAAAAAGAAGAAAAACAAAACACAUCUGCACAGAGUUGUAAUUUUUCUUUUGUAUAUAAUAAAAUGUUCUUUCUGGUUAGACAGAUGUGUUAAAAAGUUUUUAUUUUAUGUUAUGUUACUGACUAAACGUUUAUUUUUUGCAGAGAAACAACGGAUUGAAAGAUUGAAAAUAGUCCAGGAACCAAUUGAAUCGGGAGGAGAAUUUGAUCGAAAAAUUAUUGAGAGACUUAGGAUGAAAAGUAAAAUCGGUAGGUUUUAUAUAGAUUUUUCUGAUGAAAUUUCAUUUUUUUCAUUUUUAGAUGAUCCGAUUGAUUCUUUGGAUGGAGAGAAAAGUCUGCACAUUGUUACUUCUGAUGAAGAAGAAGAGGAUGAAAAUAUGGAAGGAAUUGAAAAUACAGAACCAGUUGAAGCGAAGAUUACAGUUCCGGUCGAAGUUGAAAAUGCAGAUGUUGUUGGAGCUUCUAAUAGCAUUUCAUUUAUAUCAAAGAUUUUGAUGGACAUUUUUUGUUAUAUACUGGAAAUGUUGAAAGAGAAAUUGAAGUACAAACUGGUGAGUUGGAAACAUUGCAAACUUUCACGUGGAAGUUCUACGUAUUUUUUUUAUUUGAAAAUUUCAACAUUAUAUGGUGUCUUUUCUUUUCACAAAAAAAGUUGCGCUUUUUCUAUUCAACAAAACUUGGCGAUGCGCCAAUAUUUUUUCUCUGCUCGCAAUUGACAAGCAGGUGUUUUUAGAAUUUAUUAGUAGACAAUGCGCUUCUCCUCUUCUAAUUAGUAACUUCUUUUCACUUUCUCAAAUCAUUCAUGUUUUUAGAUUAUUCAUCUGAAGAUCUCAACGAACUUGCCACUACUUCUACUUCAAAAGUUCAAAAACCAUCUUCGAUUUCAACUCAAAGUUCAUCGAAUUCAAUUAUGAUUCCACCAAACAUUUCAAAUAUUCCAUCUUCUUCUACUGAAAAUCUCACUGCUCUCACAAUUGAUAUUCUCGCAAAUAGUUUAUCUUUGACCGCAAAUAGUUUAUCUUUGCCAAGAAAGAAGUCUGAAAAUCCAUGGGAAGAUAUAGUAAAUGAUGCCGACGAGUUAUUCAUUAGAAAAUGUGAGUUUUACUUUAUUUUUCAUUUCCAAAACAUUCGGAUAAAAAUUGAAAUAUUUUUCAGCGGCUUCUCAUUCGAUUGUUUCAUCAACACCUUCUGCUUUGGAACUUGAACAAAAUCUUUCAAAAAUGGUUAUAAAACCGAGACUUUCUACAACAAUUACACUUGGAGAUGAGCCAACAACUCCAUUAACUUCUACUCCACCAGCCUCCACUGUAGUUGAAAAACCAAAAGGAAAACGAGGACGACCACACAAAAGACCUCGAGGACCACAAACUAAAAAUCCAUUAAAAAGAACUCCUGAUAUCCCAUAUCAUCCAAAUGAUGAUCCACUUUUGAAACAAUCUGGACCACUUGAUCCAUCAAUUCUUGGAAGAAAAAGACCAGGUCGACCAAGAAUUCAUUUCAAAAAAGCGGAAGAUUCGACUGAUUCAGCUGAUAUUGUUGUUGAAAGUGCAUUACCAGCUCCACAACCACAUCAAUUUCCUCGACCUGAUUUGGAGCCAUUUCAAGCUGAAGUUCAACCAAAACUUUCGGAUUGUAGAACUUUUAUUAUGCCAAAAUGUAAGUCAAGUUAUUAGUUCAGAAAAUUUAACCAAAAGUUCUUAAUGUUUCAGCAAAAUUGUUAAUAAUAUUAAUCACUAUAGUUUACAAAGUAUCUACUAUAUUUUAGAAACCAACAAUUAAAAUGAUAUUUAUUUUUUUACAGCUCCUGGUCCUCGUUUUGCUCGCCCAGAUAUCAAUCGUUUUGUUGCGGAUUGUGCAAAAUCUUCAUCAUCUCUCCAAAAACCGAUUGAAUCACAAGAUGAUGUUUUGUCACAAAAUUCAAUUUCUUGUGAUUCAGAAGGACCAUCAACAAAAAGAUCGAAGAAUGAUACAGAUGAUCAACAAUCGAAUAGUUCAUCACUUUGUAAGUUUUAUCGGAUAAUUUUCGAUAACAUCUUCUCCUAAAUUUCUUAUUUAUUUCAGGUCCACCUCCAACUCGUCCAAUUCGAUCUCGUCGAUCUUAUAUUUCCAAAAAUAAUCCGAAACUUCGUCAUCGGAGAACUGAAGAAUUGACAGCAUCUGCAUCUGGAGAACAUCCAGAAGAAUCAUCAGAUGAUGCAAUUUCUCGAACAUCAACACAAUCUUGGAUGCAGAAUCGAAUGAUGCAAGGAAAUUCGAGAACUUCUUCGAUUGCUGAAGAUUUUGACGAAUUGGCUUGGCCAACGAGAAAUGUUUCAACUUUUGGAGAUCCACAACCACCGCCAGAAGUUACUAUUGAUGAGUAUGUUAUUUGUUUUUUAAUAAUAUUUUUUGUCCGCUAAACACAUUUGUUUUUUUGCAGGGAAAUAGAAGCCAAACCAGAUACUCGAGAUCUUCCAACUCCACCGCCAAUCAAUGAAUUCACAAGAAAAUCGUGGAAAAAUAAGAAUAUGGAUGAUGUUAAACAGGAAAUUACAGAAGAGGAAUUGAAUGAACUUCAAGUAAUGUUUGAAAAUAUUCAACCAAAACCAGAAAUUAGUGAGGAUGAGUGAGUUUUUUUGCACACCUUCUUUAUAUUUAAUUUCCGGAUUUGAUUUUUCAGAAUUAUGUUAGUUGAUGCUGCUUAUCAAGUUCCACGAAAUUAUCCAGUUCCAGUCGAUGAAAAUGACAAUCUACCACCAAGUUUGUUUUUUCCUCAUUUACUUGUUUAAAUGUUCUCAUUUUUCCAGAGAAUGAAAAUUAUGAAGGCGAAAGAAUUCCGCAUUGGUUCACAAUCAAUAAAUUUGUAUAUCAUGACUUCAAUAACUUUUUCAUGUCUGAUCCUGAAGUUUUCGAGAAUUUGGUUUUGUGUUUACUUGAAGAUGAAAAUGAUGAGGGAAUGACAUUUAGUAAGUUUUUAUUCGAAUUUCGAAUUAUCAGAAAUUCAAAAAGGAAAUUUGUAGGACAAUCAAUUGAAUAUAAUGAUCGUGCAAAGCCGUAUAGUGAAAAGUUUUUUGAAUUUUUGAAAACUUCGCCGAGGAAUGGAGGUGUUUCAUGUGAAGAUUGUGAGUUUUUAAUUCAUUGUGUUUUUAUGAGACUUGAGAAUUAGGAAGUGCCUUUGAAAUACAAGGAUUUUGAUAUUAAGUUGAAAUUUUAAUUUUUUUUUCAGUUACUGGAUAUAAUGGAUAUACGGGAGAGCUUCGAAAAAGAUGUGCUCAAAAUAGUAUGACAGUAACAUUCAAAACAUGUUAUGGUGCUGUCGAAAUGGCAACUGAAGUAAAUGACAAACUGGAGACACAUAUGACGGCUUUUGGAGUUCUUGGAAUUAAUGAAACGGUUUGUUUUUCAAUACCCAAUUCUCUGUAUUCAAUAAUUAUUUCAGGAGAUUUUGAAGAAAGCGUUGGCCAUUUUUACUGGUCGAUAUGUUAAAAGCACGUUAAAAUUAGCGAAACUUUACUGUAUUCCAUGGGCAACAACAGAACACAAAACUCGUCGAUGGGAAGUUAUGAUAAGUGGAUGGAGCGAGUUUAUUAAGCGAGGAGGAUAUUUGAGAUUAAUUUUUGAUCUGACAAAAAUUGAAGGAAGACGCAAGCCAGGAAAGGAGUUUGUUGAUGAAAUUGAAAGAAUUUUGAAUAAUUCAGGUUGGUUUUUUCUCGUUUUUUUUGUGACCCGAUUUAAAAUUAGCUCGAUUAUGUUAUACCGUGACAAAUGUCGUAAAAUCAUCAAUUUCAAUUUAAAUUUUCUUGUUCGUUGAAAUUUCUAACUUUUUCAAAAAGUAAUUUAUACCCUGUAAAAUCACGAUUUUUCAAAUGUUUCCACACCAUAACUGUUUCGGUUUGAUUUUUUGGAAAACUUUCAAAUUUUCAGUUAAAAAUAUGCGAAAUGCCCUGGAAAUUUUCAAUUUGGAUGAAGAAGGUCUUGAGGCGAAGAUUGCUGAACGUGUAAAUAUCUCGGCUGAACAACUUGAAAUGAUUCGAAAUGACAUGUCGACUGAAAAAACUGAAAAGUUUGUGAAUUUUCUUGUGCCGAUUGUACUUACUCAUUAGCACACCUCGGCCAAGCCGUGGCUGACCAGAGUACAAUUUUUGGAAAAAUCUGAAUUUCAGCUUUUAGAGGUCAAAAAUUGAAAAAUUCACAAUUUUCAGAGGACAAAAACUGAAAAAUUCAUAAUUUUUGUACUGUAAAAAGUCAGCGUACAUUUUUUUAUUGUGGAAACCACGAUUUUGGCUGAGGUGUGCUCAUUAUAAUUUUACCCCUAUUUGUUGAUUAUUUUCAGGCAUCAAUUCGCAUGUGAAACGUGUCUUCAAACAACGGGAUCAGGAAUAAAUAAUAAAUGCCAUAUAUAUUUUUCAACUCCGGAAAUUUUGAAUCUUCACGAAAAAAUGCAUCAACUUGAAGAAUGUGGUGAAUGUUUCGAAAAUACUUCCUAUUUAUCAAUUCAUUGUAUUAAUAAACAUUAUUCGAGUUUGUAA